AGUACAGUGUAGAGUACCUGUUAAAGCCUGGCAUCAGCCAUAUACUUGGUAAUUCCGACUUCAUGGCCACUUCACGCAAAGGCAAAGCCUCUGGAGUCAGCACAAGUUCAUUCUUUGACCUACGUGCGGAGAUCGCGAAGCAUGAAGAGGAGUUCGUAAAGAAUAAGGCUGCGGGACAAACUACCCUCGUCGGAGGCGUGAAGAGGCCAGACAAGAAACCCACGGUAUGGGCCAGGCAUAAUAGAGGCGUGCAGGGCCGUGCCUCCCGGGAUAUCGAGAUUGAAGCUGUUAGCAAGCCGACGUUGGAUGCUGCUCGUGCUAUAUUGGAGCGGAAGGCGCAGGUAUAUGAGAAACUCAGCAAAGGGAAGAGUGGAGGGCUCAGUGAGAAGCAAUACGAGACGUUGCUGGUUGACUUCGAUUCGAAAGUUAUUGAUUCAUAUGAAUCCGAUAGUGACGAAGUAGAUGAAUCCUUGACCAUCCCCAAACCUUUGGAGAAUGAGGAUGACCCUGUGAUCGAGUACGAGGAUGAAUUCGGGCGUGUUCGUACAGCACGCAAGUCGGAGAUUCCAAGACAUUUAUUGCCACCAGACCCGAACGCUGAACCACCCGAAGAAGAAUUCGAUCCCUACGUGAUAUAUAACCCCGUGAACUACUUUCCUACAUAUCAGCCCUCAGAAGAUCGCAUAGCCGCAAUCAAUGCCGAGCUCGCAGAAGAAAGCAAUCCUCUCAACAUUCACUACGAUGCAGCUGGUGAAGUACGUGCGAAGGGUGCAGGCUUCUACCAGUUUUCUGCAGACGGAGAGACUCGUAGGAAGCAAAUGGAGGAGCUACGAAAGGCACGGGAGGAAACUGAGAAGACUCGAGUGGAGUUGGGUGCGGUGAACGUGAAGCCGGGUGAAGUGGAAGGAAUGGUCCAUGAGGGAGAGGUCGUGAGCGGGCAGCUGAAGAAGAGUCGGGCAAUGGAGAAACGCAAGAGAGAACUGGAAGAGAGGAGGAAGAUGCUAGAUGCGAAAAGGCGGAAGAAAGAACCUGCCCCUUCACCGAGCCCAAGGGAGGAGCCUGAAUCAGCGAAGCCUCAGAUUGCCGAGGCUUCAACGUCUCUGGACCCAUUCGCAGCUUUGGAAGCUCAAGCAUCAAGUUCGAGUGCGAAGGGAAAACAGAAACAGAAAGACACGCGAGAAGAUCCCGCUGACGCAUUCCUUGCAGCAUUGGAACGCGACAUGUUGAAGGGCGGAAACCGUUAGAGGACGUCAUUGGCCAUCCCUCGUAUUCUCCGUUGUAUGUGAUGAUGGAGUCCGAGCAUUCCCAACUCUAUGCCGGGCCUCUUCUACGAGUCGUUCAGGACAUAUCAGGCUGAACCUCAUCCCCUCCUGGACGUAUUCGACGCACAUCUCACCCCUCUUCUCGAAACGAUCUCGAACUUCUUCUUUGCCUGACAGGACAUCCAGCAUGAAGGCCUUGGCUCCUUGGAGGACACCUUUCGCAGGUUUGCUGGCGGUGACAUGCCCGCAGUUAAUCUUCGCAUCAUCGUGGGGCUCUACCACUUCCAACAGGAUAUCCACUGUGUCAAGCCAGGUGACGAUGGACCCUUCGUUGGGGAAGGUGAGCCCAUUCGUACAAUGUGUCUCCGACAUAGAGCAUCCUCUCGGCUUCGUCCCAUAACGCAAGUUCGUCUGGUAUGUGACCUGGUGUAUGAAGCAACUUUACGUCUGGUAAUGCUGCGCUGCCGCCUGGAGUAGGGAUACCACUUUUGUGGGGGAGGAGAGUGGGUGUAUACUUUGGUGUCUGGAUAUCGAGGUCUUCGCAUAGCGAAUGUCUGGGUAGCACCUCGGGAGAAAGAAACUCAGGUGCAUGGGCGGACGCGUACACAGGACUAUCAUCAGCAAAGUGU